AUGGCAAAGGCAACGAAUAGAUGCCCGGGUUCUGGAGGAUUACGUGAAGGAGCAGGACAAGUUGAUAAGAAGAAUGUCAGUAGACAUGGAGGCUUUGAAACGCCAAAUUUGGGAUUGACAUGGUUUGAGAGGUUACCAGAAGGCUGCAUUGCCUUCUGGACUCAACUCGUAGAGGCAUUUGUUAACAAGUUCAAAGCAAACACCAAAAUGCCCUUGGAGGUAAACCAAUUGCUCGCCAUUGACAUUGGCGAGAAGGAAACAUUGAAGUCAUACAACAACAGGUACGGGGAGACAUUCAACCAAUUUGGUGAAUGCCCUACUAACCUAGCUAUUGCCCAGUACAAGCGUGGCCUGCCUGUUGGGCACAGAGACAAAAUAGGUUGGAAGCACAUAAGGGUAGAGGAGGAUGUCUUCUACGCUAAAGCAAGGUCCAACACAACAAUGAUGCUGGAGAAGAAGGCCACAACUAAAGUUAACAUGGUCAGCAAGAAAGGCAAAUUAAGCUACCAUACCUACAAUGACCCUCCACAAAAUAAUGAGGAAACCAAGGCAAGGAAGUUGAAGGUCCGCACCGCCAUCACGACAAUUUUCAAGAAGCCCAUCUACCAAAUCCUCAAUGAGAUUCGCAAUGAACCCUUCAUUCAGCGGCUAACCAAAUUGGGUAAAGUGUAG